UCGACAGUUCAUUUAACACAAUUUAAAAGUUAGAAACGCGUUAACUUUUAUCGAAGGUAAAUGGGGUUCUGAGUGUACAAAGUUGUUUUCUUCGGGCGGAAAUUGACUAUUCGAAAAUAGAUUUCCACUGCGGACCAUAUCCAGAUUGUGUCAUUAACCAGUUCAAGAGACUCGAGUCCAACAAGCAAUGCCCCAGCAAAAUCAAGUCGCCCGAAAAUGAAUACAACAAAAGGAAUUAUGAUGGUUGUGACUGCGAAUGUGGUCAGAGUGUGCAUAAUUAUAUAGAGAUGGAUGCAACCUCAAAUAAAUUUCCAUGGGUUGUUCAAAUCGCUGAUUGGCGCAAAAGCUUGAAAACUCUUUGCUCUGGGACUCUCAUAAACGGACAUUAUGUGCUAACCACGGGUAGCUGCGUGGCCAGUUUCAAAAAUGUACCUUUAAACUUGAUUGUCAUCACUGGUACGAAAAAACGUCUUGCAAACGAAAUAAUUUUGCAUGAUCGUUACAAUCCAGCGUCAUUUGAGAACAACAUUGCCUUACUCAAAUUUUUGAUGCCAUUCAACGUGAUCCCAGCAUGUCUACCAUCGGAAGAAAUUUCCUUUGCUGGCAAUCAAAGUGGAGCCGUUUUCGGUUGGACUCAAAAGAAAGACUUGGAAACGCAUGGGACAAAAUCAAUAGCAAACAGAUGGGGUGAACUUGUUCGGUCACCAGUGCUGGUCACAAAAUGUGGCGACAACCAAGUGCACUCCACUGUGCUCUGUGCCAGUGAAAGGGAUUAUAGUGAUGAAUCUAAAAUAUGCAAGCAGACCACGGGUGGCGGUCCGCUUAUUCUUGCAAAGCAUCCACGCUCUAGAUUCAAAUUGAUUGGUGUGAGUAACAUUGGUGUCGAAUGUGGCGACGCUGCGGAAAAAAUAAUCACUUUUGCUGACAUUCAAAAGCACCUUGCGUGGAUGAAACGCAUCACCAAGACCACCUGCAUCACUUGUUUGAAAUAAUAUUUGAAAUGAGAGCGAAUUUAAAAUUUAU